AAAACUAUGGACGGUAUCAAAUGGUUCGCGAGAUUUUUAUUAGAGGGUCAAGUUUUUCCGAAAUUGAAGAAAUACAACAGAAAGAACGGAGACAACCAAAGAGUUCUUUUGACGAGUCCGUCGAGCAUGACAAAAUCGUGGGCCAAAUUAUUGCCUAGAGUACAAUACAUCACGAAUUCACUUAUGUCAAAGGGUAUCAUGUCGAGAGAUAAGCUAAAAGAAGAAUGGUGCAAAGAUCCUACCUUUUUACUCUCUGAUUAUCAAAAAUGGUUACCUGAAUCUUGCCACAGCGAAGUUGAAAUCAUGUGGCCGCCAGUGUAAAUCCACUCUUUUAAAAAUACUGUAAAUAUUGUUUUUUUUUGUAUUGCAUUAAACAAUACUAGGUUAACGAUUGUAA